AUGUCAGAGACCAUCAUUCCAGAUACAUACAAAGGAAAGGAUUCCGAUAUAGCACAAGAUUGGGCCGAGAGAGGUGUUGAACUCGUCAGUUUUACGAAAGAAGAAGGCACAAGAAAACAUACCUAUAAAUUCCAUAUUCGUGUCAAAGUGGUGAAGGAUCCGGCGACAAGAGCUUGCCCGUACUGGAUAGAUCAAACAGUCAAACUGAGCUGCACGCACUUGUUGGAACUUAUGGUAGAAACCAAAUUGGCUACUGUAGUUUCAGAUGCGGUUGAGAAGUAUAGAAGCAAGCAUGCGGACUGUGAGUUCACAUCGGAACUCGAAGAAUAUAUGAAGAGUGACUUCAUGGACGAGCUAUAA